AUGGGUAAAACAACAAGAGCACGUGCUGUGUAUAAUGCAAUUGCUGAUAAUUUUGAUUGUUUGUCCUUUCUUGAUGAUAUUCAAGGAAAAUCUGGAAAACAUGGCCUAGAACAAGAGCAAGCCAGAAUGCUUUCAAAAGUUUUAGUUGAGAAGAUACAAAUUGAAGACAUUAAUGAAGGAGUUGAGCUCAUGAAACGAAUACUCAAAGAUAAAAAAAAUCUUUUGAUUCUUGAUAAUGUAGAUGAACGAAAGCAAUUAGAAAUGUUAGCUGGGUGCCCUAACCAACAAGAGGUAACAGAGUGCGAAUACUAUAUUAGCCGUUUUAUGUUUAACAUUAUUGAGGGUGGAUGUACCAAAAAUUUUGAAGAGUACGGCGCGGCUCCAAAAUUGUUGGGGAUGGAUCUCAUAUGGGUUGAAUCUCUUCAGGAAAAGGAAUUAAGUGUUACUCCUGUUUCCCACCAUUAA